CGAAAGGACUUGCUUGAGUCAUAUGAUGGAAGUGUUAUUCUUUGUGGAGAUGGGCGUAAUGAUUUCGCCGGGCCAUUCUGCUCAAUACUUAUCAUAUAAUUUUGGAGAUUCUGCCUCUAAAACCAUUUUACACACGGGAAGUAGUAGAUGUUAGAGAAGUUGGUGGAAAAAGUCCAAACAUGGAACGCCUUGGCUUUGAAAGAUCCAUUGACCAACUAAAGACAAUAAUUAGGAUUGAAGAAGUUGUCACAGAUGCUCAUAUACAGAUUGCAGCACUCAUGCGCAACUGUGAUAAGUACACAGACAUAAAACAUUCAUGGGACCUGUGGCAUGGUGGAAAAAAUAUCCUUAAAAAGGUUGUAGAGGCAUCAAAAUCAAAGAAUUGUAAGGAACUACUUGUGUGGGCAACUGCGGUUAGAAACCAUUUUUGGUAUGCUUCCAAGGAAUGUGGUGGUGAUGAGAGGAAAAUGAAGGCAAUUUGGUUUGGCAUUCUGCAUCAUGUGGUUAAUGAACAUGAGUGGUUAUUGAAUGUUGAUGGUACAUAUGGUGGAUGUGCUCAUGAACCCCUGUCUGUAGAAAACCAGUGUAAGCCUUGGCUCGAAAAAGGAUCACCUGCUCAUUUGGCCCUUAGAAAUAUUGUAGAGGAUAAGCGCCUGCUGAAAAAUCUUGGGCACUACACUAACUUCAGACAUACUGGUUUCUUGGAAUCUUUUUCAUAGCCACAUGUUGAUGUAUGCUCCCAAACGAC